UAGGUUCUUUUCUUUCCUGUUUUGUAUCGUUGCCGGGUUUUAAAUACAGAACUGUAAUGAAGUAAAGAUAAACUGUUUGCAUUAUGAGGUCUCGUGAAAUGUAAAUGCGGUACAUUUAAAUUAGCACAGCGCUUAGCUCGGUUAGCCGAUGUUGCUAACGAUAUAGCUUUGUUGUUUUUUCUUUUACUACUCAGGAAGAUCCGCCUUCAUUCAGGAAAUGUUUUUAAAAAAGCCACACCUUGUUGAUGUCGCCCUAACAUGAGGUGAGGAUGGCGGGGAGAGGGCGUGGUCGAGGACGGGCUCAGCUCAGUUUCCCUAUAGAGGCGGUGGGAAUAAGCAAAGGAGAAAACCUUCCACCUUCUAGUGUGCAGCCUACACCUUUGUUUCCUUCGCUGGAACACAAGCCAGUGCCUCUGCAGACGGGAGAAGAGGCGGAAUACAUGCUGGCUUUGAAGCAGGAGUUCAGAGGAGCCAUGAAGUCUCUACCUUUCUACAUACAGCCCGCUGCACCCAAGAAAGAUGUGGAACGUUACUCAGACAAAUAUCAGAACGCUGACCCGUCUGAUAACACCAGCGAAUGGAUCCCAGACUGGAAGCGCUUGCCGAAGGAGUUACGCGUGCGCGUGAAGAGACCUCCGAGCAAGAAGAGCUCGGCGCUUCCCAAACUCAGCAAACAGCCACAGGUGGACAAAGAGAUCAUCCAAAAACUGGAGACGCUGGAGAAGAAAGAGAAGGACGUGAGCUCCGACGAGGAAGAGGGCGAGAACAAAAAAACAGAGGAAGAGGAGGCCGAGGGCGAGGACGAGUACGACGAGGAGGAGUUCGAGGAGGAGACCGACUACGUCAUGUCGUACUUCGAUAACGAUGAGGACUUCGGCGCCGACAGCGACGACAACAUGGACGAGGCCGUUUACUGAUCCCGAACUCCGAGGUCGGACUUCUGGACACGCCCUGUAGACCGGAGCUGAUCUUAUAAUCCAGAUAGACGAGGAUCGUUCUUCAUAGUGAGGAAUAAUGUGUGAAUCCUGAACCGGGCCAUAACAGGCUGCAACACGUCCAGAUUUAACACAAUCGGGGAUAAAAUAGGACUGUAGCUACGGGCUGCAGAUUAUAAAACCCUGAUGAUUAGUAGAACUCUGGUCUUAGCUUAUUUUAGGAUGUUAUAGGUCCUGUUUUUACCAGUGUAUUAUUAAGUUAUCAUUCUUAAAGCACAGUACUCAUUACUUACCAUAAAUGACCUGGUAACUACUAGAAGAACUAGUAUAAGAAUGUACAACAAUAAGCUGGACCCCUUAACUGGUCCUGUGAUUUUUAAAGACUUAAAUUCAGCACAUAUUGGCAGCACACGUUAUAAAAACGUUUAUUUUAUACUAUAAGAUUUUAAUAGACCUUAAAAGUUAGAAUUGUAAAACCUUUCCAGGCAGCUUGUUGUUUUAAACUGUGGUGUAUGUUUACCGGAUGUAUUAUUACUAUUAUUCAGAUGAUAAUAUGUGCACAUUUUUAUGCAUUUAAAUGUUUAUACGACAUUAAAUCCAGUAAAAGA